AGCUUGCCAAAACACGUUAAACUCAGCGAUCCAAAUUCUAGAAUCCAACAGCGAAACUUCCUCUCUGCCAUUCCACAAUGAAAAUCUGGAAAGAUAUCUUCACCGGUGACGAAAUGUUUUCGGACACGUACAGGAUGAAACUGGUCGACAAUGUGAUGUACGAAGUGUACGGAAAGCACGUGUCCCGCACCCUGGGCGACAUCCAGCUGGAUGGGGCCAAUCCAUCGGCCGAGGAAGCCGACGAGGGAACCGACUCCGCCACCGAAUCCGGCGUUGAUGUAGUGCUAAAUCAUCGCCUGGUCGAGACGGGUUUCGCCAACAAGAAGCAGUUCACCACCUACCUGAAGGACUACAUGAAGAAGCUUGUCACCCGGCUAGAGGAGAAGAACCCCAGCGAGGUGGAGGUGUUCAAGACCAACAUUAACAGUGUGAUGAAGGAUCUGCUCGGUCGGUUCAAGGAUCUGCAGUUCUUCACUGGCGAGUCGAUGGACUGCGAGGGACUGAUUGCCAUGCUCGAGUAUCGUGAUAUUGACGACGUGAGUGUACCGGUGCUGCUCUGCUUCAAGCAUGGUCUCGAGGAGGAGAAAUUUUGAUGGGCAAGCUGAGAUGAUUCAUAUUGGGAAGGAACUUGCGCUUCGUAUUUUAAUUGGAGCGAUGGGAUUGACAGAUGCUAUGUUUGCGGAUAUUGAUAUUGAUAUAUAUUUUAAUGAGUAUCAUUUAAUUUGUUGAAUGACAUAGUACCUAAUUAUCUAAAGAUGGUUCAAUAAACAAAUUUCCGCUCAAAAAA